AUCAUCCAUCCGCAUCUAACGCGGUAUUUUCGGAACCCAGGUUUCCCAAUCAUAUCCCUGCCACCAAAAAGAUUUUAGAUUGGCGAACCAGUUCCGUUCCGAAGUAGAACCGGGUGUGUCUCGCACUUCCACCUCCACUCAACCAUCCACAACCGGCCCAAUUCGUUCAUUUCGCUCUCUCCAGAUCUGCUUUCGUGGCAGCUAGAUUGUCACGAUGCAGGCCUUCCGACGACCUCUGAGCUCCGCUCUGCGAAAGGCCGCUUGUCGGCAGGGCUAUUCGACGGGGUCUUCCCAAUAUGCCGAGACUAUCAAGAACCUCCGCAUCAAUGGCGACACUAAGGUUCUCUAUCAGGGGUUUACAGGAAGGCAGGGGACAUUCCAUGCCCAGCAAGCCAUCGAGUACGGCACCAAUGUUGUCGGUGGCACGAACCCCAAGAAGGCGGGCACACAGCAUCUCGGCAAGCCAGUAUUUGCGACCGUAGACGAAGCGAUCAAAGAAACUGGAGCCACUGCAUCUGCCAUCUUCGUGCCCCCACCGCUUGCGGCAAAGAGCAUCGAGGAAGCGAUUAGUGCGGAGGUACCGCUGGUUGUGACGAUUACGGAAGGUAUCCCACAACAUGAUAUGGUUCGCAUCACGGAUAUGCUCAAGUCGCAGAGCAAGACCCGCAUGGUUGGCCCCAACUGCCCCGGUAUCAUUGCUCCAGGCCAAUGCAAAAUCGGAAUCAUGCCCGGCUUCAUCCACAAGCGCGGUCGCGUCGGCAUUGUCUCCCGCUCCGGCACUCUGACCUACGAGGCCGUCAACCAGACGACCCAAGCCGGACUUGGACAGUCGCUCGUCGUCGGUAUCGGAGGCGACCCCUUCUCUGGCACCAACUUCAUCGACUGCCUGAAAGUGUUCUUGCAGGAUGAAGAGACCGACGGCAUUAUCAUGAUUGGCGAGAUCGGUGGCUCGGCAGAGGAAGAUGCGGCGGAUUUUCUGAAGGCUAACAACACGCAGAACAAGCCUGUUGUUAGUUUCAUUGCUGGUAUUUCUGCGCCGCCAGGUAGGAGAAUGGGCCACGCUGGUGCCAUCGUCAGCGGCGGCAAAGGCGACGCCCACUCCAAGAUCAACGCCCUGGAAGCCGCGGGCGUCAUCGUUGAGCGCAGCCCCGCCUCUCUGGGCAAGACUCUGUAUGAUCAAUUUGUAAAGCAGGACUUGAUAUAAUGUCGUCGCCACUACCGGCGGGUGAAAUAGAAGGAUGCUUUCUGGGUUGAUCUCUAU